AUUACAAAUAUAAAAGGCCAGAGAAGAUGGAUCAAUCUAUUGAAACUGUCACACUCUAAUGACCCAUGGCCUGCUGAAGAGUGUUACUCACAAAUUACUUGCUAAUAGAGGCGCAGGGUGGAUAAUCAGCAGAGUUCUUAAAUCUGGUUUUGCAAGUUCAUUUUAACAUUGACAAACUACAAUAACUUGAAGAGGAGAAGAUUGAACCAUGUCCAAAGGCAGAACAAUACCAUUGUCAUACCUGAAGCCCACCUAUGAUGUGUGCUUAGUUGGCCACGAAACAAAACUGGACAUUUAUAGAUCAGUGCCACCGGGAGCUACAUCAUUUGAGGUCCGUGGGUCGUCCUUGUUAAAUGUAACAGUUGUCUAUAAUCCCAAAAGAAUAGAAAGACGACCGAAAGAAAAUGUCUGGCCACUUAACAAGGAAGCUAGAGUUGUGGUAUCUCCAGUCCUGCCAAGCAAAGAGCUCCAUGACCGCAAGGUAAAAGUUUCAUAUUAUGGGUCAAAAGGAACAGAUCCCUUGGGCAGUGCUAUGCUGUACCUGACAAAUAUUGAUGUUGCUUUAAAUGUAGAUGUGAAUCGCACUGGAGUAGUGAGCAGAGGCGCCAAAGACAAGGACACAUGGACAUGGGGUCAAAAUGGUAAAGGUGCCAUCUUGUUGGUGAACUGUGACCAGGACAAAGACACCAGCAGUGCAGACAAUGAGGCUGGGGGUAUCCCAAACUUAGCAGACUUGAAGGACAUGUCUCUGAUGACCCUGACAGCUGAUGGACCUGAUGAGCUCUUUGAUGACAUGAAACUGAUUUUAAAUGUUUCUGCUGGAGAUGCAGAUAAACUAAAAGUCUAUCAAAACAUAGGAAGGUCCAAGUAUAGCCAUGUCCUUGGGGAAGGAAAACUCUCCUAUACAGUGAGCCGGGGUAACCUCGAUGAGAUAAUCUUCAACGUGGAGGGUCUGAAGUUCCCAGAUGUUGACUUUUCUGGACUUGUUUAUAUAAACCUAACGGUGCAGAAUUAUCUUGAAAAGAUGGAGAUAUUUUCAGAGAGUGUGGUGUUCCGAAUGGCACCGUGGAUAAUGACUCCAAGUACCUUGAAGCCACUUGAAGUCUAUGUCUGCAGUGUGCCGGAUAAUAAAGAAUUUGUGAAAGAGCUGACUGCGCUGGUAGAAAAAGCCAGAUGUAAAUUAACAAUUUGCCCAGAGAUCUACAAUGCCAAAGACCGCUGGAUCCAGGAUGAAAUGGAGUUUGGAUAUACAGAAGCACCACACAAGCGUUUGCCAGUGGUGUUUGACUCUCCCAGAAACCGUGGACUUGCAGGAUUUCCACACAGGUCGGUGUUGGGACCAGAUUUUGGUUAUGUAACCAGGGAACCUGAAAACGAAAAAGAGGUAAACACCUUGGAUGCAUUUGGGAAUUUAGAGGUCAGUCCUCCAGUGACGGUUAAUGGGAAGAGCUAUCCAUUUGGAAGAAUUCUGUAUGGCAGUGGGUUACCCAAAGAAAACGUACGAAUGAAUAAAGUGAUUCGAGACUUCCUAGAGGCGCAGCAGCUGCAGGCACCCGUAGAGCUGUACUCUUACUGGCUCACAGUAGGGCACGUGGAUGAAUUCAUGAGUUUUGUUCCAGCUCCGGACCAAAAGGGAUUCAGGCUGCUUCUGGCCAGUCCCAAGGCUUGUCUGGAGCUGUUCAGAGAGAAGCAGAAAGCAGAAUAUGGUGAUGCUGCCAUGUUUAAAGGGGUAAGAGAUAAGAAGAUCACAAUAGAUGAUGUUCUGGCAGAUGACUCUUUGAUGCAGUAUGCAAAAACAACUCAGGAAUAUGUUGAUUUAAACCGAGAUAUCAUGAAGAAAGAACUUGGGUUGUCCGAGGAAGAUAUCAUCGAUAUACCCUUGCUUUACAAUAAAACCAAAUUUGGAGCAGAUUCCUUCUUCCCCAACGUGGUAAACAUGCUUGUGCUGGAUAAGCUUCUGGUGAUUCCCAAACCCUUUGGACCAAUUAUAAAUGGUGAAUGUUGCUUAGAAAAGAUUGUCCGGUCAUUGCUGGAGCCUCUGGGACUAAAAUGCAAUUUCAUAGAUGAUUACUGGACAUACCACCGAAAUUUUGGAGAAGUGCAUUGUGGUACAAAUGUCGUGAGGAAGCCUUUCUCCAAAAAAUGGUGGGAAAUUGCCCCAUAACCAGGAUUAGGCCUGUGAACCUUCUUUUACUGAUGUAACUGGACUGUAGUUAUCUGAGUAUUAAAACUUACUAAAAAACUAAUGGGAAUAAAAACAAUAGAGGGCAGUAUGGUGCUGUUAAACAUAAUUUAAAUUAAACUGAAGGAAACAACACCUACUCUUUUCAUUGUAUAUUUUAACCUUAUACUAAGACUAUGAUACUGGAGCAAAGGAACUGGAUUAUUCUUGCUAAAGUCUUACUGAGGCAAUAAAGGGGGGGAAAACAAACACAUUUGUAAUUCCGGUUAUGACAGGCUGAAUUCCUAUUGCAGAACAGGCAAGACACAGGCUUAAACACAAAGAUAAAAAAUUUGUUAUCAUUAAAAGUUAUGUUACUUGAAAUUAUGUAACAAUUCAGUAACUAUAUACUAGACAUGAGCAUUUCAUAUCUUUUUGUUGCAUUCAUUCAAGAAAAACAGUUAUUAAAACAGGUGGGAAAAGCUUAAAAUAGUUUACAGUUUUACACUAUGAAAUGCCCUUGUCAGUUGAUUUCUCCCAGUAUCAGCCAAUAAGUAUGUAAGAUUUGCUUUUGUUCUUGGCAAUUUUGACCCUAAUAAUAAAAACAAAACAAUUUUGAAAA